AUGGCGCGGCAGGUGUCGCGCGAUCGGCGCGCGUCAGACAAGGACGAGAAGGAAGGCGCGGCUUCAGGAUCCGAUUCGAAGCGGCGACAACGAGCGGACGCCGGGCGGCGGUACGAGGCGGAGACCCCUUCCCUGGGGAAGAUCGCAGUGGCUUUCCUCCUGACGGCCCUGGUCGCAGCGCUGUGCGCGGUCGUCGUGUAUUUCACGCAGGAUCGUAUGGUCAACGCUGUUGCGAGUGAACGGCAAAGUGCUGUGUCGCAUCUCUGCCAUCGCAUCAUCUCUGCCAUCGCACCAUCUCUGCCAUCGCACCAUCUCUGCCAUCGCACCAUCUCUGCCAUCGCACCAUCUCUGCCAUCGCACCAUCUCUGCCAUCGCACCAUCUCUGCCGUCGCACCAUCUCUGCCGUCGCACCAUCUCUGCCGUCGCACCAUCUCUGCCGUCGCACCAUCUCCGCCAUCGCAUCGUCUCCGCCAUCGCAUCGUCUCCGCCAUCGCAUCGUCUCUGCUGUCUCUGCCAUCGCAUCAUCGCUCCCGUCGCAUCACACCACCGUAUUCUGCAUCCUUCCUGCCAGCUCUUGCCACUGUUGUCCGCCCCUUCGUUCAACAUCUGCUGCUCCUGCUGCACCUUCCCUUUGCCUCAGCGGUGCUGACAGUGAUCAUGUGGUGGCCAAAUGUUGAUGAUUUAUUAAACAGUUGCUGGAGCCUGCUGCUGGAGGCGAUGCUAGUGGUGGCUCUGCGUUUCAGAUGA